UGACUUGAGUCACGCAGUUUUCUCUCCUCUGGGAGGGACUGCAGGGCCUCGGCUGACUUUCCUUUGACAACUGCGCCGAGGAGGAAAGGAAAAAGGAAAAAAUUUAGCCUCGAGUUUUCCCCCCACCCCCCCACCCCCGAGAGGCAACCUGGAGGGGCGACGCGGCGGGGAAAGACGUGCUUGGCGAGGACGAAGCCAGGGCGGGAUCAGGAUGAGCGAGGUGCCGGGGAAGUUGAAGGAGCAGCAGGAGAACGAAGGAGCGGAGGAAAAAGCGGAGGAGGAAAAAGACGAGGAAGAGGAGGAGGAGGAGGAAGAAGAGGAGGAGGAAGAAGAGGACGAGAUUGUCGGGCUAGCUGACUAUGGGGAUGAGAGUGAGUCUUUCUCGGAUGGCGACCACGAGAAAAGCGGGGACGGGGCGUAUUUCAAUGAUCCUUUUAGUACUGAAGUUAAGCCAAGAAUCCUGCUCAUGGGACUGAGAAGAAGUGGGAAAUCUUCCAUUCAGAAAGUUGUUUUUCAUAAAAUGUCACCAAAUGAAACACUUUUCCUGGAGAGCACUAACAAGAUCUGCCGAGAAGAUGUUUCCAACAGCUCCUUUGUUAAUUUUCAGAUAUGGGACUUUCCCGGCCAAAUUGAUUUUUUUGAUCCUACUUUUGACUACGAAAUGAUUUUUCGUGGCACUGGAGCAUUGAUAUUUGUGAUUGAUUCUCAGGAUGACUACAUGGAAGCAUUAGCUAGAUUGCACCUUACUGUGACAAGAGCAUAUAAAGUAAAUCCAGAUAUAAACUUUGAAAUAUUUAUUCACAAAGUAGAUGGUUUGUCUGAUGAUCACAAGAUUGAAACACAAAGAGACAUUCAUCAGAGGGCUAAUGAUGAUCUUGCAGAUGCUGGACUAGAAAAAAUCCACUUGAGCUUUUAUUUGACAAGUAUAUACGAUCAUUCUAUAUUUGAAGCAUUCAGCAAAGUGGUUCAGAAAUUAAUUCCACAACUCCCAACUUUGGAAAAUCUGCUUAACAUUUUUGUCUCGGUAAAUAUGUUUGUGCAUGUAUUUCCUAUGUUUUUCAUAUUUAUUGCAAAAGGACAUUUUAUUUUUUUAAUGUUUUGAAAAAUAUUGCUAUUA